AUGCAAAGGUAUCAUGGUGCGAGCUGCACUAGUGCAGUCAAUAAUGGGGCAUUUGGGGGGAUACAAGCAAGGGAUACUUCUCGUGCUGAAUCACCUGUUGUGCCACCUAACUUUUCACUGAAUCCAAGGCGAUCCUCGCCACCAGCACCAUACAAACUGAGGUGUGACAAGGAACAGUUGAAUUCCCGACUUGGGCAACCUGACUUCCAGCCACCAACUCCAAAUUGUCCUGAGGAGACACUUACAAAGGAGUAUGUACAAUCUGGCUAUAGAGAUACUGUUGAAGGACUUGAGGAUGCUCGAGAGAUUUCAUUGUCCCAGGUUCCGACUUUUACAAAGCCCGUAAUUAUUAAGUGCAAAGAGGCAAUCAGAAAAUGUCAUAGAGCAAUCAAUGAGUCUCGUGCCCAGAAAAGAAAGGCGGGUCAAGUUUAUGGUGUUCCUCUUUCUGGUUCACUACUCACUAAACCUGGUGUAUUUCCAGAUCUACGGCCAUGUGGGGAAGAUUUCAAGAAGAAAUGGAUUGAGGGAUUAUCUCAACCGCAUAAAAGAUUGCGCUCAUUGGCCGACCAUGUUCCUCAUGGUUAUAGACGGAAAUCUCUUUUUGAAGUCCUAACUAGAUUCAAUGUUCCUUUGUUGAGAGCUACAUGGUUCAUCAAAGUAACUUAUCUUAAUCAGGUCCGUGUGGCAUCUUCUAAUUCAUCAUCCAGUAUCAAUGAAAAAACUCAAUUUUCACGUUCAGAACUGUGGACAAAAGAUGUUAUUGAGUACUUGCAGUACCUCAUGGAUGAAUUCAUGACAAAAAAUAUUUCUCAAAUAACUUUGCCUGUGCGACAACGGUCAUCACAAAUGGUUUAUUCAGUGCAGCAAAAAAAUGAUCCAUUUUCAUCUGUCAUAGAUGCUGGGGAUCCUUCACUUCACACUAAAUGGUGGUAUGUUGUAAGGAUUAUUCAGUGGCAUUAUGCGGAAGGACUUCUUGUUCCUUCUCUCAUUGUGGAUUGGGUUCUUAAUCAACUGCAGGAGAAGGAAUUACUGGGUGUCCUGCAGUUGUUACUGCCCAUCAUAUAUGGUGUAAUAGAAACUGUUCUCUUAUCACAGACCUAUGUACGCGGUCUGGUGGGAAUAAUCAUUCGGUUCAUCCGGGAGCCUUCUCCAGGCGGUUCAGAUCUCGUUGAUAAUUCUAGACGUGCAUAUACCACCACCGCUCUUGUUGAGAUGCUCCGAUAUUUGAUGCUAGCUGUUCCGGACACUUUUGUUGCUUUGGAUUGUUUUCCUCUGCCAUCCUGUCUGUUAAGCCAUACAUUAAAUGAUGGAAACUUCUUAUCUUCCAAAAUGGCUGAGGAUGCUACGAAGGUGAAGGAUGGUCAAAUUGAAGUUACUGGUGUGCGUAGAGAUAAUAUUCGUGAUGCUCAGGCUGAGUCAUUAUCCUUUCUUGGAAUUGUAUCUUCGAUUCAAAAGCGUGCGGAGACUUUAUCGAGAGCAGCCAGACCUAAUCAUCCAGGCUAUAACAUAGGCAAAGCCUCACAGGUGUUGGACCAAGCUCUCAUGCAUGGAGAUAUUGGAGUUGCUUACAAGUUGCUUUUUGAAAAUGUAUGGGAUGGAGCUUGGGCUGAAAGCUGGAUUGCACAAGUAAGUCCCUGCCUGUAUACGUCACUCAAGCGCAUCACUACAGUUCCAUCCUCAUUAAUUUGCGCCAUCUUUUUUAUAUGUGAGUGGGCGACUUGUGAAUUUCGGGAUUUUCGUGCCACACCUCCUCAUAGUGUGAAGUUCACUGGUAAAAGAGACAUGUCUCAGAUAUUCAUAGCAAUACGGCUUCUAAAGCAGAGGAUGAGUGACUUGCCAAAUCUGCACCCUUCCAAGAGGCGGAGAAGUAGAGCUAUUUCAGACAUCUUUGAGAGUCCUGGCCCUUUGCAUGAUAUUAUUGUAUGUUGGGUUGAUCAGCAUGAAGUGCAUAAUGGAGAAGGUUUCAAGCGCUUGCAGUUUCUGAUUAGAGAAUUGAUUGAAUGUGGCAUUUUUAAUCCUCUGGCAUACAUCAGGCAGCUGAUUGUAAGUGGCAUUAUGGAAGUGAAUGGGACUAUGGCUGACUUGGAAAGCAGAAGAAGACAUUGCAAACUCUUGAAAGAGUUACCUGCUCCUUAUAUCCGUGACGUCAUGGAAGAAAGAUUUGAAACACCAAUAUUUGGUGAGGCAAUGGAUAUUUAUUCAAAUGAACGGCGACUGGUGCUUCAUGGGCUAUUUGGACUGAAAAAAUCUGUUCCCAAAGCAAAUGGUCUGGCCAAGCAAAAAAAGCAUUAUAGUCUUGCAGGUGGAAGCGGUUCAGCUUUUAAUGGUGACAUGGAUAUCAAGCUUGAAGAAUUGAAGGAUUCAAUUUCUGCUCUAUUGCAUUUGCCCACAUCUCUAUCUCGAAUAGACACUGGAAAUGACGAAGCUCAAGGAAGCAGUAAGAGGCCCGGUGGUCCUACUAGUGAGGUAGAAACUAGUGAAGAAACAUCAGAAUGUGAAGAAUGCAAAAGGAUGAAAAGACAAAAAUUAAGUGAUGAAAGGACCUUAUGGCCAGCAGAUGAAGAGAUAUGGUGGGCAAGUAAGGGCCUAAAAUAUAUGGAAUCUUUUAGAAUGGAGCCACCCCCAAAGCCUGCCAAGCAGUCAUCAAGAGGGAGGCAGAAAAAUGUCCGUAAAACUCAAACUCUUGCACAGUUAGCUGAUGCACGAAUUGAAGGUAGUCAAGGAGCAUCGACAAGCCAUGUCUGUGAAAGCAGGAUAGGUUGCCCUCAUCAUAGGACAGGUUUUGAUGAGAUCUCAAAAUCUGUAGAUGGGUCCAGAAAACCACCGUCAGCUGAUAUUCUGUUAAUUGGAAGAAUUCUGAAGAAGAUGCGGUUUGUUAACAAGAGGACUGUGGCUGCAUGGCUGAUAUCCGUUGUGAAGCGUCUUAUUGAAGAGGCUGAAAAGCCUACUGCCAAGGGUGGCCAACUGGGUAGGCCAAUACCACCUGCUAAUAAUCGGAGCUCCUUGAGAUGGAGACUUGGUGAAGAUGAACUAUCAGCAAUUUUGUAUAUAUUGGAUGGUUGUGAUGAGUUAGUUUCUGCUGCAAGGUUUCUUCUUUGGUUGGUUCCCAAGCUUCCCAGCAAUAUGAGCUCUAUCGUCCAAAGCAGGAACACUCUCAUGCAUCCUAGGAAUGCUGAAAAUCGUGCUUGUGAAGUAGGAGAGGCAUAUUUCAUAUCAUGUAUUCGCAGGUAUGAAAAUGUAACCGCUGUUGCUGAUAUGAUUCCUGAAACCUUGUCUGCUGCGAUGCAUCGUGCUGCUGCAGUGUUGGCAUCUAAUGGCAGACUUUCUGGUUUGCCAGCCAUGGUUUACGCCUGUCACCUCCUGAGGAAGUAUGGCAAUGUAGCUAGUGUUAUUGAAUGGGAAAAGACUUUCACAUCCACAAGUGAUAAAAGAGUUAGUUCCGAGCUUAAAUCAGGAAGAACUUCAGAAGGGGACUUUGGAUUUCCCUUUGGUGUACCAAACGGAGUUGAAGACCCUGAUGACUAUUUCCGUCAAAAGAUUAGUGGUGUCCGAGUGUCCAGAGUUGGUUUGAACAUGAAAGAGGUCGUUAACAGACUUAUAGACGAAGUUUUCCAGUACUUCUACACAAAAGAUAAGAAGCCUUUUGUACCAGGCACUAAUAAAAAUGUGACUGCCGAGAAGUGGGAGGACAGCCACCAGAUAGCUAAGCAAAUAGUUAUUGGAUUGAUGGACUGUAUGAGGCAAACUGGCGGAGCAGCUCAGGAAGGUGACCCUUCUCUGGUGUCUUCUGCUAUUGCAGCAAUCGUUAAUAAUAUUGGGCAGGUUGUUGCGAAAAUUCCUGAUCUAGCCUUGGGCACUAAGCACUUAAAUUCAUCUCCACCUUCUGGCUCGUUAAAUUUUGCUCGGCAUAUUUUACGCAUUCAUAUCACUUGCCUGUGCAUACUGAAGGAAGCUCUUGGAGAACGCCAGAGCCGGGUCUUUGAAGUUGCCCUUGCUACAGAAGCUUCUUCUGUUCUCAUGCAAGCUCUUGCCCCUGGUAAGGGUGCUCGCAGUCAGUAUCAGAUGUCUCCCGAGACUCACGAUUUCAGUCCAAAUUUACCAAAUGAAACUUCAAACAAAUUAACAGUUCUUGGGAGAGCAGCUAGAAUAUCCUGUGCCGUUUCUGCCCUCGUCAUUGGUUCAAUUCUGCAGGGAGUUGCUACCCUUGAGAGGAUGGUGAGUCUGUUUAGGUUGAAGGAAGGGCUGGAUCUAAUUCAGUUUGCGAGGAGUCUGAAGUCCAAUGUAAAUGGGAAUGCACGUUCCAUGGGUGUCCUGAAAGUGGAUAAUGUGAUUGAAGUUUCUCUGAACUGGUUUAGGGUCCUUGUGGGGAACUGUAGAACUGUUUGUGAUGGAUUUAUUGUGGACCUUUUAGGUGAAGCCUCAAUUGUAGCUUUGUCUAGGAUGCAGCGGAUGUUGUCUUUAAAUGUGGUUUUUCCGCCAGCCUAUUCUAUAUUCGCUUUUGUUGUAUGGAAGCCCAUUCUUGAUGCAUGCUUUGGGAUCCGUGAAGAUUUCAGCCAAUUGUAUCAGUUAUUGGUCACAAGCAUAGGUGAUGCCAUAAAACACCUACCCUUCCGUGAGAUAUGUCUGAGGGACACUUAUGUCUUGUAUGACCUCAUAGCUGUAGAUAACCUCGAUUCUGAAUUUGUUACCUUGCUAGAAUAUGGUUCAGAUAUCAAUUUGAAAGCUGCUGCGAUGGUUCCUCUACGUCCGAGGCUUUUUCUUGAUUCUCUUGUAGAUUGUAAAAUGCCACAGCAGAUGGCUGAGAGGAAUGGGAUUAGUGGGCACGGUGUGCUGAAAAAACAGUGUGGCGAAAAUGUUAAAAAGCUUAUGGCCAAGCUUGUGCAUGUUUUGGACACUUUGCAACCGGCGAGAUUUCACUGGCAGUGGCUUGAGCUGAGGCUCCUACUCAACGAGCAAGCAAUCAACGAGAAGAUGGAGAAUGAUAUCUCCUUGAUCGAGGCCAUAAGGUCUCUCGCCCCAAAUCCUGAUAAGAAUACUGCUUCUGAGAGUGAGAGCAACUUCAUUCAAAUUAUUCUCACCAGGCUACUGGUCAGGCCUGAUGCAGCUCCUUUGUUCUCUGAGGUUGUGCAUCUCUUGGGAAAAUCCCUUGAAGAUUCAAUGUUGUCGCAGGCAAAAUGGCUACUGAGAGGUGCCGAAGUUCUUUAUGGGAAAAAAUCUAUCAGGCAGAAGGUUCUAAAUAUUGCUGCCGAGUUUAAAGAACUCUCCCUGAAACCCCAGCACUGCAAGCCAUGGGGAUGGUGCCCUUCUGAUGUUAAUUUACUGGCUAACAAGGGUGGAAAAUGGAAAUCUGAAGGCGGCACCCUUGAAGAAGGAGAAGUUGUUGAUGAAGGGGCAGAUUCCAACAUGUCUGCAAAAGGAUCGGGUGUUCUGGAUGUCGAAGGCUUUAUCGUCAAUCAACAGCAUGUGACCGAAAGAGCUCUCGUUGAGCUAAUCCGUCCGUGUUUCGAUCAAGGGUCGGAUGACCUGCGCUAUAACUUUGCGAGUGAAAUGGUCAAGCAGAUAAUUAAUAUUGAGCAACAAAUAAAUGCAGUUACUUGUGGAGUUGGCAAGCAAGCUAUCGCUCCCAGUCAAGCUGUUGGAACUCCUGCAAGUAAAAGUACCAACAGAAAAGGCGGGAAAAGUGGGAGUCCGGGAAUACCGAGGCAAUCGAACGGAACUGGUGACACUGUUCCUCCUUCUCCUGCAGCACUGCGGGCAUCAAUGACUCUGAGAUUGCAGUUCCUGAUUCGGUUGCUCCCUAUUAUUUGUGCGGACAGGGAGCCUUCUAGUCGAAAUCUGAGGUAUGCACUUGCUUCAGUUAUUCUGCGCCUCCUUGGAAGCAGGAUUGUGCACGAAGAUGCUGGCCAUUUUGUCAAUAACCCCUUGUUUAUUUCGCCAAAGAAAAACUUGGAAUCUCUUAUGGAAACUUCCGCUUCUGCCAAACUAAUAUGCGGGGAAAGUAUAUUCGACUGUCUACUGCUAGUUCUGCACGUGUUGCUAAGCAGUCACCAGCCCAGCUGGCUGAAGCCCAAGUCUGAAUCCAAGGCCACCCAGCCCAGCAAGGAAUAUACAGCUUUUGAUCGUGAAGUUGCAGAAUGCCUGCAGAAUGAAUUGGAUCGCAUGGAAUUGCCCGAGAUAAUCCGGUGGCGAAUUCAAACUGCAAUGCCAAUUAUUUUUCCAAACUUUAAGCGUUCAAUCUCUUGCCAGCUCCCAUCUGUAUUCCCCAGUGCUCUUGCCUGUCUUCAGCCAAGCAAUACAGUGACCAAGUACAAUCCAAACCCACCACCUCGAAAUUUGCCCGGUCGUUCAUCCUCGAAUCUGAAACACAAGCCACAACAAGAUACUGAUUCCGAAUAUAUCGACCAGUGGACUCUUCUAGAAGACGGGGCAGGGUCGGGCCCACCUUCAUCCGGGUCGGCCAGCAUCGGCACUGGCGAUAAUACAGAUCUAAAGGCGUGCAGUUGGCUCAAAGGGGCCGUGAGAGUGAGAAGAACUGACCUCACAUAUAUCGGGGCCGUUGAUGAGGACAGCUGA